AUUUUGUUAUGUGACCCGUAUUGUGUUUGAAAUAAAUUUGGUAAUUUAUUUUCAUAAUGCGUUUAUUGAAGUUGAUAUGCUAUACCAAUUAAUGUUGCUGUCAGUGUGGGAACUGAAUACACAUUGUUUUUUUAUUCUUACAAUUUUUUCACAAAAACAAUUAUGGAAACUCAGGACAGUAACGAAUCUAACGAUUCAUCUGUAACGGAGAAAACAUUACAAACGUUGACUUAUCAUCCGAAUGUUAAUAAUGUUUCUGUUCUACCGUGGGACAGAUUUUCACAAUGGGUUUAUUGCAUCUGUGUUGUUACAUUUGACCUGGAGUUGGGACAAGCCAUGGAGAUGAUUUAUCCAGCUCAUGUAAAGUUAACAGAAAAAGAAAAAUCAAGCAUCUGUUAUAUGGCCUUCCCAGAUUCCAAUUCUGGUUGCAUGGGUAAUACUCAGUUUCACUUCAGAAUGCGUCAAUGUCCUGCAAGAAAACCCAAUAUACCUGCUCAUGAAGAAUACAAUAAGCAUUGUUUGGUGCCUCUUCAGAUUGACUUUUCUCACUUUUUUGGAUUUGUUUAUUUUCGUCAAGUGAAAGACAAAACUAUCCCAAGAGGCUAUUUUCAGAAGUCUAUGGUCUUGUUAACAAAACUUCCAUUGGUUGCUUUGUUUACUGAGGUGUUGGGAAGAAUUGCUCCAUCUUUUUUCUCUUCUGGUGAACCUAGUAUUGAAUCUGCUUGUCAUGAUAUUGAUCAGUGGCCUUCCCCAGUGCCUGGUGUUCCUCUAAGUCUUCCUUUGAUGGGCAAUGUUUUACAGAUUCACAUACCUAGUAGAUUAGACAAUUCAAAUACAUCCCCUGAUGAGACAUUUCAAGAAAAGGCUCCUAUUACUUUUUAUGAAAAAAUUAAUAUUCCUUCAAAUCCAGAUAUUGAUGUUUUUAGGUGCUUUCUUCCCAUUUUGUCACAUAUUCAAUUACUUUGGGAACUAGUAAUUACAUCUGAGCCCAUAAUUGUUAUGGCUAGUUCUCCAGACAUAACCUGUGAUAUGGUCCAGGCUUUAAUAUGCAUGAUCUGGCCACUUCGCUACUGCUGUGAUUAUAGACCUUUUUUUACAAUUCAUGAUAGUGAAUUUAAAGAAUACACUACCAAAGUCCAAGCUCCGCCACCAGUUAUUCUUGGUGUGACAAAUCCAUUUUUUGCCAAAACACUUCAACAUUGGCCACACAUUAUAAGAAUUGGAGAUCUCCAAAAUCCUGAUGGUCCAGCUAAACAGAAAAUAAAAAGAGGAGGGAAUAUUAAAGCUUUAGAUUCUAAACCUGGUUUAUAUACAAGAUACAAACCUUUUCUCAACAAAGAUAAAGAUAUCCUAAAGAAGAUUGUCAAAGUAGGUAUGCAAGGAGAUAAAUUUCAUGAAUCUCAAAAUGCCAUUCUCCGGCAUUUUCUUCUAGAACUUACUCAAAGCUUCAUAAUUCCUUUGGAAAGGUACAUGGCUAGCUUGAUGCCUCUUCAGAAGAAUAUAUCACCUCAUAAAGAUACUCCUAUCCCACGUCCAUUUAAUCCUGAUGAUUUUCUUAAGUCCAUUGAACAUUCUGGACCUCAACUCACAAGUGGAAUUAAAGGAAACUGGAGUGGUUUAUACAGGAGAUUUUUCAGAAGUGCCAAUUUUGCAGGAUGGUAUGACAUGAGGUAUAAGGAAGUAGUUCGUAAGCUUCAAGGUUUGCACAUAGAAGCCAUAUCAGAAGCAAACAUGAUGGCGUGGAUUAGUGAUAAACAAGAAGUAGAAAUAGUGGAUUUGGUUCUUAGGUUACGAAAAAAACUGCUUGCUGCUGAAAGUGGUAAUUUAACUUUGUCUGAAAAAACUGUGGAAAAGCUCCAGUCUCAUGUAAAUAACAUCAUUCAAACAUUACCAGAAGAUUUACAGAAUAUUUUAAACUAAAGAUUCUCAAAGGACUGUUUUUAAACUUUAUUUAUUAGCCGGAAUAUAUAUUGUAGUUUUUCACUUCAACUUUCAUUUUGUAAUUACUUUCAUUAUCAUUUAUUAUUAAUCAGUGUACCUAUUUAUGAAAUUUUGUUAUAUAUCUUGUUCAUUUGAAUGCUACUAGAAAUGGAUUUGUCAUUGCAUUUAUCAUGAAGCUGAAAUGUGUAUUAAUUGAAUUGUGAAUGUAAUCUUACUUUUUUACAUAUAGGUGAUUAAAUUGUGAAACUAUAAUACUAAUCAUAAUAGCAUACAGGCUCAUUUUGUAAAUUUUAUUUGCAUCUACUAAUUUGAACUUUUUCACAUUGUUUGAGAAAAAUAGUUAUUUAUGUUAUUUAAUAACAUAUUUAGUUAAUACUUUAAAAAAAAGACUGUGGAUAUGAAUCAAGAUUUUGAAUUUUCCAUAACUAUUAUGGUUAGCUACAAUCCUGCUUUUGCUAUUGCAUAAGAAUAUUAGUGAUGAAAUGACUAAUUGAAAGAAAAAAAAAUUGUGUAGGAAAUUUUAAUGAAUUUUAUUUUUGAAAGUAAAUUAAUGUUAUUUUUGCAUAAAAGCAGUUAAUGGUUGUAAGCUUUUUGGAUCGUGAUGCAUUUUUUUUAAACAAACUUUUUCAAUAAUUAUUUUAUUUUUCUUGCAAAGGAUUUUUUUUAUCAUUUGAAAUGAUCACAAUUAUAAAUGAAUUAAAUUGUUCUACUAUGAUUUUUUUUUAAACAAGGCAUAUUUAUGUAUAAAUUCUAUUCUUCCCUGC